CUUCGAAGUACACCUUCUUAAAGCUCGUCUUGUGUUGAUUUAACAAGCAGAUGUAGAGCAUAGCCGCGAAUGAACUCCAGGUGUACAACGUCAAUCUGACGAUACGAGAGCAGGAUAGUAAAGACACGAAUAGAUAAAAUGGCGCGAGCAACUGGCGCCAAUGCUGCGGCCAGCACAGAUCCCAAGGCGAUCGAGACGCUCCAUGAGGACAUGAUUCAUGAUGCCCAGUUGGACUUCUACGGCCGCCGGCUCGCGACUUGCUCCUCAGACCGGACGAUCAAAGUCUUCGACGUUGUAGAUGGAGCAGCUGCAGGGCAGGGAGAGACGCUGAGGGGGCACGAAGGUCCAGUCUGGCAGGUUGCGUGGGCUCACCCCAAGUUUGGCUCUAUCCUGGCAUCGUGCUCGUACGAUGGUAAAGUCAUUAUUUGGAAGGACGAGGGUGGAGCGAGCACGAAUGCUAGCAGCCAAGGGCCAUAUGGAGCGCGUGGGGGCUAUGGUACACAAUCAGGCUGGCAGAAAAUCAAAGAGCAUGCCAUGCAUACAGCUAGUGUCAACUCAAUCGCUUGGGCUCCGCAUGAGCUUGGAGCGAUUCUUGCUUGCGCCUCUUCUGACGGCAACAUCUCUGUGCUGAGCUUCAACAACGACGGCACCUGGGCGGUCGACAUGGUCGCUGCGCACCCUAUCGGCUGCAAUGCCGUCUCUUGGGCGCCGGCAGCUGUGCCUGGCUCUCUCAUCGCUGCGCAGCAACCAGCUGGACCCGGGGCACAAGGUGCAGCAAGUCCUCUCCCAAGCGUGAGGAGAUUCGCCAGCGCCGGCUGCGACAAUUCGGUAAAGCUUUGGGAAUUUAACCAAGAGCAGAACAGAUGGGUGGAUAUCGAGCAGCUCGUCGGGCACAGCGACUGGGUCCGAGAUGUUGCCUUUGCCCCUAACAUUGGUCUUCCGCGGUCUCACCUCGCGACCGCUUCUCAGGACCGAACUGUGCUCAUCUGGACGCAAGACACGUUGACCUCGCCGUGGACAAAAGUUGCGCUCAACCCGACGUCAGGGAGUGCGCCACAAGGAGCAGCAUCAACUGGAGGAGAUACACCGACAUCGGCAGGCAAGUUCCCCGACACGGUCUGGAGGGUCAGCUGGAGCGUUAGCGGGAAUGUUCUCGCCGUCAGCUGCGGCGACGGCAAGAUCACCCUCUGGAAGGAGAACCUCAAAGGUGGUUGGGAAUGCAUCAGCGAGAUGGACUCAUAAGGGAACGAGCAAUGUGGAAUGAGAUAAUAAGAACAUGAGGCACUUGCCUGGCGCUGCUUUAGGACACCGCGCUGAUUGCACUGGCAUCCUGGCGUCGGCGAGCCGCCGGCUGAGCUUUUGUCACAUGUACGAACUGAAAUCAAUGCAUAGGCUCGAGAAUG